GACGUCGCGUCGCUUCUGAAUGAAGUGGAGCUCCCACUCCGCCGCCUCUGCCACCGCUGCUACCGGUGCCCAGUUCGGCUAGGCUGCUCGGAGCUGCCCCGGGCUGGGUCUGCUGGGCUCCCACCGCCGCUCCGCCUCCGCAGGUGCUGCCGCCAGGCCUGCCCUUGCUCUUUAAGCCGCGCACGGCGCCGGCCUCCCGCAGCUAGCGGGACGGCUUCAGGAGGCGGCCAGACCUGGGCACCGAUGGGCAGCGGGCAGCGCCCUCGCCCCUUCCCCACCUCCGCCGCCGCCCCUGCUCAGGGUCGCCCGUCCGGCUGAGCGGCGCCUCAUCCCGCGCGUCCCCUGGCCGGCCCGGCGGGUGGACGGGCGGCAGGCUGGCUGGCUGGGGCAUGUAGGAUGCUCCCGGGUCCGAGCCUCCCGCGGCGGCGGCCCCGCCGGCCCCCGCAGCCUCCCCCGCAACUGCUCUGGCAGAUGAACACCGAGCUCUCCCCGCAGCCGCCGCCGCCCUGCCUGUGGAUGGUGCCCAGCUCCGGGGGGGUCCUGCGACUGGCAGCGGGGGUCAUGCCCCCGCCGCUGAUCCUACCCUCACCUCCCCAGCCACCGCCACCACUGCUCUCGGGGGUUCCUGGUUGGCAAAUGCCCUGUGAGCCCUCCUUCCUGCCGUUGGUGCCCGUACCCUCGGCGGCCGCCGAUCCCCCAGCGUCUCAGUACCCCUUGCUGAAUGAGCAGUGGAUGUUUGGAGCUCAGUCACCUGUGAUAGGAUUUUCUCCCUCUUCUAAUGUGGAUUUGAUCCCCAUUUUCCCCCAUGUACACACAUCUGCUCUUCCACCUCCUGUAGGGAAAAGGUGGCUAGACAAGAGGAUGCCCAACUGUAAGAUAUAUUUAAAUAACACAUUUGCUCUGGACUCCACUUGGAUACAUCCUGAGGAAUCAAGAUUGUUUCAUGGACAUGAAAAGCCACAUUUAAUGACAAAUCAGGUGGCCAUGGCUGUAUCUAGGCCAGCCCCUGCCUCCAGGCAUCUCCCCACAGUGGUGUUAGCACCUCAGCCUAUACCAGUGGGAUGUCCAAAUGGCCUUAAACAAGUUGGCAGUCAUCCGACCAUUGCCAUCACAUCAACAGCUAUGGUUUCUGUAGACCCUGAAGGGCUUCGGGGACCUUCGGCUUCCACUGUGCAGCCAUGCCAUUUGCUGACACUGGCACCCAUAAAAAUUCCCCUGCUGACAGCCCCCUUCUCAGGGUCUGCGUCUCGGAUGGAGAGCCACCUCCUGCCUCUGCUCCCUGCUCAGGUCACAAGAGUGACGACUGUGUCUACACCAGCGGUGACAUUUAUGACUGCCAAUCUAAUGGACCAGACAUCACCAGAUAAAGGCAAAGAGCCCAGCAGAUCCUCUUGUCCCCCAACGCUGAUAUUACACACAGAAAGACAACUUCAAGCUCAAGACUGCAAUGACAAGGACCCUCCUCUGCUCCUGGACGGGGACGAGCGCUCGCCCAAAGGCACCAAGCCCGUGGCCUCCACGCCGGUCCCAGGAUCGCCUUGGUGUGUAGUCUGGACUGGGGAUGACCGCGUUUUCUUCUUCAACCCAACGAUGCACCUCUCUGUGUGGGAAAAGCCAAUGGACUUAAAGAAUCGAGGGGAUCUCAACCGGAUCAUCGAGGACCCACCACACAAGCGCAAGCUGGAUGCUUCAACAACAGAUAAAAGUGAUGGGUCUGAAGCAGAAGAUGACGGUGAGGAGCAGAGUCUGAAAACCAAGAGAAACAAGCUUGAAGAUCCUCAGAACGUUGAGCCAGAGAAGACUGAAAAGGCAGAUGAAGCUCAUAACACUCCUCCACCUCUUCCUCCACAUCAGAUUCUCCUUCCAUUGGAAGAACGAGCCACCCACUUCCGAGACAUGCUUCUGGAAAGAGGGGUGUCGGCCUUCUCCACGUGGGAAAAGGAACUACACAAAAUCGUAUUUGACCCCCGCUACCUGCUACUCAACUCUGAGGAGCGGAAACAGAUAUUUGAACAGUUUGUCAAAACCAGAAUAAAGGAAGAGUAUAAGGAAAAGAAAAGUAAGUUACUGCUCGCCAAAGAAGAAUUUAAAAAACUCCUUGAGGAAUCCAAGUUGUCUCCCAGAACAACGUUCAAAGAGUUUGCUGAAAAAUAUGGCCGAGAUCAGAGGUUCCGGCUUGUUCAGAAGAAGAAGGACCAGGAGCAUUUUUUCAACCAGUUCAUAAUUCUCCUUAGAAAGAGAGACAAAGAAAACAGAAUCAGGCUACGCAAAAUGAGAUAAGAGUCUGCAGGAAGGAGCUGCGGGAGCCCUGAGCCAACUGGGUGGCUUCCUGGGGAGAAAAGGGGAGCACCUGUCUCUGGGUAAAGAUGGAACCCUGGAGGCGCAGUGCCAAUACUUCUGAGGAAGACCUUUGAGUGUUGAGCCCACCAGGGUCCUUGGGCUCCUCUGCCCCGUGGGACGUCCCGAUCUCAGAGGAUCACUGUUUCAUAUUGAAGCUCUCUUUUGUACACCAUUCAGCGUCUGAUGUAUUUCUAAUUGCCAUGAUCUGUCAAUCCCUUAAUUGUUUUAAUUAUGCAAAUAUCUUGUAAUAUACACAGAUUAUAAAUCCAAGGCAGAUUUGUAAUUGAGCAGAAGCAGAUGCCAUCCAGGCCAUUCUCAAGGCUCUCUUACCCUUUGUCUGAGGAGCGCUUUGCGUCCACAUCCAUCCUUGGGAAGGGCCGGCCGUGCUCUCGGGGCCUCCGUGACGCCAACGUUCAUAGGUCGAUGUCUCAUUUUCCGAGUAGUCGUCUUAGCGUGUUAGUCGUUAAUCAUAGUGAUGAGCAGGCGUGCCAGUCUUGACACAUGCACCUUGGAGGACGAUGGCAGUUUGCAGGGGAUGGCUGUCCCAUUACUCUGAAAGGUGCUUUCAGGCCCAGAGAGGGAAACAACUUCAUCUUUUGGAUUUCUUGUUUAAGAUAAUUUUAAAAUGAGUUAUUUUGUAAACAAAAAAAUCAUCCUGUGAAUAUUUCUGUUAUUUUUAUUGUAUGCCAAGAGUUUGCAUGAGAUUUUUCUCAUCAUCUUUGUAUAAAUAAAUAUUUUAACUUUUUUUUAAUUAAUAAAUAUUUUAAACC